AUGCCAGUUCAUCAGCUUCCCGGUAAAAUCAUUCUCCAGCAUCCAGAGGGUCCCUCCCUCGAAAUCCUACUCUACGGGGCCACCAUUGUGUCAUGGAAAUCGCCCAGUGUCGAGAACAAAGAACUCAAAGAGAGACUGUUUCUCUCAUCCAAGGCGAUCCUCGAUGGCACCAAAGCGAUUCGAGGCGGCAUCCCUAUUGUCUUCCCCUGUUUUGGCGCACCCCAGCAUCCUGAACACCUGAAGCUGGCCCAGCACGGAUUUGCUAGGACAUCCCUGUGGACUUUCAGAAAAAUUCUUUUGGAUAAUGAAGCUGGUGUCUCCGUCCAACUGACUCUCGACCCCACUCCAGAGAUCGCUGCAGUGUAUGACAGGCCCUUCCAACUCACCUAUGUCGUCACUCUGGCACAACACCAGCUUUCUACUGACCUCCAUGUGGCCAACCCCUCGGAGAGUGCCACGCUCCAAUUCCAAUCUCUCCUCCAUACCUACAUCGCCGCACCUGCCCAAGAGCUCACCAUCACGCCGUUGCAGAAUGUGAAAUACUAUGACAAAAUGGAAUCUAUCACAGAGGCACAGCAAACCGCGAAGGUGGAGACGAGGGCCAAAGUAGAUGUCCGUCGUCCAACAGAUUCCGUCUACGAGGAUGCCCCUCUGGACUACACCGUGUCUUGGCCUGGCGGCACCGUCAACAUCCGGGCGAGAGAAUUCAAAGACGUUGUCGUCUGGAACCCGGGUGAGGGAGGGAAGAAGAUUGCAGACAUGGAAGAUGGCGGAUGGAACAACUAUGUCUGUGUCGAGCCCGGCUAUGUUAGAGGCUAUGUUAACCUCGCCCCUGGCCAAACAUGGAUCGGACAGCAGGUUAUUACCAUAAAGGCAUGA